UGUUGACCGGGGGCACUUUAAGACGAGCAUUUCCCACCCAAACAACAAACAACGAACUGCAUUUUUCCCUCCUGAACUCCCUUGCAUCCCAGAUAGAAUGGCCGUCUCUUUACACAUACUUUCUCUCUUUCUUAUCUUCUUCUUCCACUUUUCUUUUUCGAAUCCAUUUCUGUCCAACAGGUGUCAUCCCAACGAAUCCGAAGCGCUGCUUGGCUUCAAAGCUGCCUUCAAAUCGUCGGUCUUGAUCGACAUGGUUCUUAGGUCGUGGGUAAAUGGAACAGACUGUUGCACCCAGUGGGAAGGCAUAUCCUGCGACGACAACACCAACCACGUUGUCUCUGUUGAAAUAUACUAUCUCAUCAGGCAAGGUGUGAUAUCUGAUAGCCUGUGCCAACUGCGUUUUCUCAGAUCGCUGACAAUAUUGAAAAUUUCAGCGAGUUUUGGUACUGGAGCAUCAGGUACUACCAUUCCUCCAUGUUUGGGAAAUCUCUCUUAUAUUCACUCUUUAGUUUUACCUGGAAAUGGCAUUAGUGGGAUGAUUCCCCCUUCCCUUUGUUUGCUCACCCGCCUUUCAUUCCUUAUACUUUCAAGCAAUAACUUGAAUGGAAGCAUACCUUCCUGCCUUGGGAAUCUUCCUUCUUUAUUUCACAUUCGCCUUGAUUCCAACCAACUUAGUGGAAGCAUACCGGCUUCUCUGGGUAAUCUUUUCUUCUUUGAAUUACCUCUUGCUGGGUGACAACCGUACGGCUUCUCUUAGAAGUCGCUCUUUGUUCAGUGUUUUAUCUCUUGAUAACAAUCAACUGAGCGGUAACAUUCCAGAUUCUUUGGGCAAUCUCUCUUUGCUCGGGUAUUUGGGUAUUGCCAAUAACCAACUACGUGGGAGCAUUCCCUCUUCACUUGGCAAUCUCUUUUUACUCGAGCAUUUGGUUAUUAACAAUAACCAACUAAGUGGGGGCAUUCCCUCUUCAUUUGUUCGGCUUUCCUCCCUCACUCACUUGUAUGCUGAUGCCAAUCCUUUCAACGAAACCAUCUCUUCUUCAUCACUUCCAGCUUCUUUACAUUAUUUGAGCCUGUCGCUAAACCAUCACCAGUCGAUUUCAGAAACAUUCUUUCACAAUCUUACAAGCCUAGAGUAUUUGUAUUUAUCCGAUUGUGUGCUAAAUAUCAGCACAACCUGGAUUCCACCCUUUCAAUUAUCUGAGUUAUAUUUAGUGUCAUGUAUGAUUGACAGUGAAUUUCCAUCUUGGAUUUCCACACAAUUUUCACUUGAAAGCUUGGAGUUAAGUAAUGCCAGUCUUAUAGGCGUAAUUCCCUAUUGGAUACUGGGAACAAAUUCUCUGUUGAAACAUCUAAAUCUUUCAGGAAAUCAUUUGCAAGGAAGACUAUCUUCGAACAAUUCAAUAAUGCACUUAGAAGAGCUAGACUUGUCAGGAAAUAGCUUAAGUGGGUACAUCCCAUCAAUGUGGCCUGCUAAUAUUUCACUAUUGCUGUUCAAUGAUAAUUUGUUUAGUGGCAAUAUUCCUUUAAUCCUGGGACAGUUAUCUAAACUCUGGUUAUUAAAUCUUGCAAACAACAAUAUAACUGGAGUGAUCCCUGCUAUCUUGUCCAAUUGCUCUUCCCUCAUGGUCCUGAACUUGGGAAAUAAUAGUUUGGAUGGGGGCUUACCACAUGAGUUCAGUAAGCUAAGUAAAUUAAGUUCAUUAGUUGUUCACAGCAAUAAAUUGAAUGGAUUAUUUCCAUGGUCAAUAGAAAAUUGUUCAAACUUGCAGGUUCUUGAUAUUGGGAACAAUUUAUUUGAAGGUGAAAUACCAGCUUUGAUUGGAAAUCUUUCAAACCUAAGAGUAUUGGCGAUGAAGAAGAACAAGUUUAUAGGCAAUAUUCCUUCAGAGAUAGGCCAAUUAAAGAAACUCCAGAUCUUGAUCCUUUCUUCAAAUCAUAUCUCAGGUUCAAUUCCACAUACAAUCAUAUCAUUGCAAGCAAUGACAAGUGAAAGCCAAGAUGGUUCUGUAUUGAGUAUAUCUGGGGGUUCAUAUAAAAAGAAAAAAAUAUAUAAAGAUCCAUUGGAUAUAAUUUCAAAGGGUAGAGAUGAGCACUACAAAUAUAUUCUUUCCACUCUGACAUCCAUAGAUCUCUCAAAUAAUGAAUUGGAGGGAGCAAUUGCUUUAGAUUUUGGGAAUUGGAAGGGGCUGAAGUUUUUGAACCUUUCAAUGAACAAUUUGAAUGGGACCAUUCCAAGUAGUUUGGGAGGAAUCGGUCAGCUAGAAUCAUUAGAUCUUUCAAGAAAUAAAUUUUCAGGACAAAUCCCUCUAGAGCUUGAUUUUCUGCAUUCUUUAGGUUUCUUGGAUUUAUCCAACAACCACCUUUCAGGAAGUAUACCACAAGGAAGACAUAUAACCACAUUUAAUGAAUCCUGCUUUUCCCAGAAUCCUAAUUUAUGGGGCUGUCCCUUGCCCAAAAAAUGUUCUUGGCCACAGUUUGUUCUUCCUCCUCCAAUUCCAGUUAACAAAGAAAAGCAAAACACUAAAGAUUCUUGGUAUGGAAUAGCACUGGGAUUGUCAUAUGGAGUAUCUUUUGGAGGGGUGGUGUCACUGAUUCUGAUAAAAAUAAGUUGGAGAAGGAUAUGCUUCAAUAAAAUUGAUACAAUCCUAAAAUUUAUGUUUCCGUGGAUGAAGAACUUGAGACUAUAAAGUGAUACAUCAGCAUUUCAUCCAAAUGUAAAUGUAUCUAUAUUUGCUUGGGAUGGUUUCUUGGUGCAUCCUCCUUAUUGAAGACAUGCUAGUAUUGGUGGACGCACUAUCUUAUAUAGAUGUUAAAUGUAGAUUAUAACUUGAAGAUUGUAAAUCUUUAAUGUAUUGCCACAUGAUUUUGGGAAGGACUUGCAUUCAAUAUUUAAAGCUCAUUAAACUCUUAAAAUAAAUAUCAUUUUGUUUAUAUAUAUAUGAAAGAAAUGUUUUGAAA